AUGUCCGAGCACCAACCGCCCCCAACCAGCGGCACCACCACAGGCACAACCCCUCCUCCUUCCGCCGCCACAGCCAGUGCCAACCCUGGCAUUGGCGCCGCUGGAACGGAGCCGAGCCGUCCUGGUCCUCGUCCGCGCAUUGCCAUCCAAUACUGUACGCAGUGUAAGUGGAUGUUGAGGGCUGCCUAUUUCGCCCAAGAACUCCUCUCCACCUUCUCCACCGACCUCCAAGAAGUCUCCCUCGUCCCGAGCACGGGCGGGAUCUUCACCGUGACGAUAUAUCACACCCCGGGCAGUACCGAGUCAGAGUCAGAAACUACUCAGAGUACUCAAUCUGACGGACAAGAAAUCGCAACGCGGCUCUGGGAUCGCAAGACUGAUGGCGGGUUUCCUGUCACUUCGACCUCGUCGAAUGUGCAGACACAGGGACAGGGUCAGUCAGAGUCAAAUGCAGAUGCAGGGACGAAGGAAUGUGAAGAUUGUCGGUGA